CAUAGAAAUGCAUGACCAUUUAAGGGAUUUGGGAAGAGACAUUGCAAAUAAACAACCACCUUGCCGACUUUGGUUUCCUCAACAGAUUAUUGAUAUUCAAAAACAAGUCAAGGUAAAAUUAAUUUAAUUUAAUUAAAUUACUAAACAAAAGUAAAAUUAAUUAUUCUUUUAAUAUAUCAUUAAUGAAUACAAAACAAACUUUUUUAUUACACAUGAAUGUUUUAAUGGAUGAAGUUUUAUUAUUUUACAGUGAAAUAGCUGUCCAAGAAACUUGUAUCUAGCCAGACGUAUUUUAUGAUCGAAUAACUCAAACAAUUUCACAAUUUACUCUGGCUGAAUAACUGUGUGUUUGAACAACCUUGAUAAUAGUGUUGGCUCUAUUAAAUCUUAUAUAUCAUAAUUUUUUAUUUUGUAUUUUUCCCCUCUUCAGAAAAGAAGCGGCAUUCACGGAAUAAUCACGACCUCAAACCAAGUAAUGACUCGUUUUGAGGAUUUUGAGGAAUUACCAGCAAUGAUCAGAAAAGAUAAGGAGGUUGAGGAGUUUCGUUUUUCCUGCUCGCACGGAAAACUCAUGGUGAGCACAAAUGGAGGAAUUCGAUCGCUCGAACCCUCUUUACUUGGACUAAAAUAUUUAGUGAUUAGUGGAGAUUUUUUUAAUCAAGAAAUGGGUGAUAUAUCAAGAGAGCUGGUCUGGCUUCGCUGGUUCCAAAUUGGCAGGCGAGAUCUUCCGUCAGGGCUUCCAUUGAAAAAGUUGAGGGUUUUAGAACUCUAUGAAGAAAGGUAUGGAGGGGUACAUCACUUAGAAGAGCUGUGGGGGAAGAGUGACGAUGAGGCCCCUGUGCAGUUAAGGCAGUUGCUUAUUUCUGAAUGUCACAAAUUUCAAGGUUUUCCAAAUACAAUGGGACAUCUCAUUCAUUUAAAAAAGAUAGUCAUCAUUGGGGGCCACAAUGUUAGGAGUCUGCCAGAUGAAUUUUGCCUUCUCCUAUCACUGGAAUAGCUGAUGUUAGACCAGUGCUGCAUAUCAUCACUACCUAACAAUUUUGCGAAUUUGAGCAAUCUGCGGCAUCUAAGUUUGUUGUACUCCCAAAAGUUGAAGAGGUUGCCGGUUUCUUUUAAAAAUUUGAAGCUCCUGGAACAUCUCAAUUUAGGGUGGUGUAGUGAACUCACACUCACGGUAGAAGACUUAAAUUUUCUAGAAAACAUAACAAGGCUAAACUUUUUGAACCUUUCUGGGUGCAAGCAGUUAGAAGAGUUGCCUCGUCACAUCACCCAUCAAGCGUCCUUGACAGAGCUCUAUUUCAGCGAGACCAGUAUAAGGGAGCUACCAGAUAACAUCGGUCAACUCAGUAUGCUGAGAGAGCUCGAUUUCAGCGAAACCAGUAUAAGGGAGCUACCAGAUAGCAUUGGUCAACUCAGCAAGCUAAGAGAGCUGAAGAUAAAUGUGUUAUCCUCAAGCCUGCCGACAUCUCUUGGAGAUUUGUCUUCCUUGAUGAAUCUUUCAAUUCAAUCUUGUCCUAAGCUGGAACGUCUACCUGACUCUAUUGCAGAUUUGUCCUACUUGAGGAAUCUUUUAAUUGAAGAUUGUCCUCAGCUGAAAUGUCUACCAGAUAGCAUUGGUCAACUCAGCAAGCUAACAGAGCUGAAGAUAGAAAAUUUGUUAUUCUCAAGCCUGCCGACAUCUCUUGGAGAUUUGUCUUCCUUGAUGAAUCUUUCAAUUCAAUCUUGUCCUAAGCUGGAACGUCUACCUGACUCUAUUGCAGAUUUGUCCUACUUGAGGAAUCUUUUAAUUGAAGAUUGUCCUCAGCUGAAAUGUCUACCAGAUAGCAUUGGUCAACUCAGCAAGCUAAGAGAGCUGAAGAUAAAUGUGUUAUCCUCAAGCCUGCCGACAUCUCUUGGAGAUUUGUCUUCCUUGAUGAAUCUUUCAAUUCAAUCUUGUCCUAAGCUGGAACGUCUACCUGACUCUAUUGCAGAUUUGUCCUACUUGAGGAAUCUUUUAAUUGAAGAUUGUCCUCAGCUGAAAUGUCUACCAAAAUCAAUUAUGCAACUGAAUAAUCUUCAAGAGUUGACUAUAUCCAAUUGUCCAAUCGGAGAAUUGGAUUUUGGGAAGGCAUCAUUACCUUUUGGAUUGAGCAACCUGAGGAAGAUAUUUUUGCAGGCGACAGAAAUGAGCAGAAUUUCAUUUUCUGAAGACUGUUGUCCUUACUUGGAAAGUCUCGAUCUUUUCAACAAUCAUCAAUUAGAGGAGAUCGAAGCACUGCCAAUAACCCUGAAGUCAAUUAAUCUGGAAAAUUCUGAAAUGCUGAAGAAAAUUCCGAGUUUUGCAGGAUUAACUUCUCAGUAAAAAUCGAAGGUUUGGAAAAUUGCACAGAAUUGCAAGCAUUGACUGUUGACACAUGCAAAAUUUGAAGCAGGUGGAACUCAGAGCAAACAAGGGAUCAGUUAUUGAACAUUGUUUCAAAGGAUACAGGUAAUAAAAGUUUGUAGGAGUAAAAGUUUCUAGUCACAUUCAUCUGAUUGCGCAUUGACUGAUUGUUGUGAAAGCAAUUGGCAGAAAUGACCAGAUGAAAGAAUAAUAAUAUGUGCACGGACAGUCCCUGAUGCGGCUUCAGUCGUACACUCCUUACUCUCUGCGAAUCUCAUGAUCUUUGGCUCAUCUCCAAACAGAGUACUAUGUCCAAGCCAGAAUUGGUGCUGAAGAUUAUGCUCCGUUGUGUUAUAAAUUGUGUUUCUUAACAAAUGACACAUAUUGGAUGGGGCUAUCAUUCAGUACAUGUUGAAAAGCGUAGAUGUUGCAUCAAGACAGCAGUGGAGACACUUCGCAGCUAAUUGCCACUUAUAUGCUGAUUUGUAAUCAGUCACUUGAUUUAUUUGGGCCACUUUUGUGUUGAUUUAUAAUCAUGGUAGUUAAGAAAAGAUCCGGGUAUACAAUUUUUAUCGUUA